UCAACAUACACCCCCCCAAGGUGAUCAAAGGAGGCGUGUUUAGUUUAGCUAGUUGAGGUGUGCGACUGAAUAAAAAGAGGAAGGAUGGGAGGCUGAGCGCACAGGACGGACAGGUGAAGACAGGUGUGGCUUCAAGAUGAAUCGACUUGUGGUUAUUGUUGCGACACUCUUUGUCCCCACUACAUACGGUGCUGCAGGCGGUUUGUGGUGUUACCAUGAUCCUAGUUGUGAUGACACCACUUGGUCCGCCAUUGUCACUGAACAUUGCAAUGGAUCCCGUCAGUCUCCCAUCAACAUCGUCUCUGCAUCAGCAGUGAGCGAUGAAACCCUGACUGCCUUCACUUUCACUAAAUACGGAGACAACUCCACAAUGAACAAGAUCAAGAACACUGGCAAAACUGUCAAAGUGACGCUCACGAGUGGUGUCCAGGUUACAGGUGGGGCCCUGUCUGAGGCCUAUGACAGCCUCCAGUUUCACCUCCACUGGGGGAAUGGUACCUCAGUACCUGGGUCGGAGCACACAGUGGAUGGAACACGCUACCCCAUGGAGAUGCACAUAGUAAAUGCCAAGUCGUCGCUCAAUGGCAAUACGACCGCGGCCGUUGCAGACGACACGGGACUCGCUGUUCUUGGCUUCUUCAUAAAGGCCAUGCCAAGUAAUGUGACUGGUUCACCAGCAGCCUGGAAUACUCUGACAUCAUACUUGGCCAACAUCACACUAAAAGAUGAGUAUAUAAACAUUACUCAUGAUGCUUUUUCAUUGGAUGAGCUCCUGGAAGGGGUGGACCGCACUAAAUACUACCGUUACCGUGGAUCCCUGACCACUCCAAACUGCAACGAGGCUGUGGUGUGGACCGUGUUCAAGGACCCUAUCAAAGUCAGCCAGGAUUUGAUUGAUCUCUUCAGCACAACAGUGCACAUUGACCACAACUCCACCUCUGCCUUGAUGACCAACGUCUUCAGGAACAUCCAGCCUGUCAACGACUGGGUGGUGACGACCCAGGGCCGUCCAGCUUCGGGAGCCUCCACAAUGCGCUCCUCUCUGGGCCUAAUGGCCCUGGCCUGGAUGCUGCUGAGGGUUUAGUGACGGCUAGUAACGCCUCACCUGAAGUGCACUACCAUACAUACAUCGAUUACCAACAGGAUUCACCUUGAUCCAAGGAGAAGCUAUUUGAUAAAGCAACAAUUAUAGCAAAAUAUCAACUUAUUUAUUAUCCAAACAUCAUUAGACAUGUAAUUAAUCUGAAAAAGAAAAAUGACCGAAAGACUUAUUUUAACAAAAUUACAGUACAUUUUAAUGUACCUUAUAAUGAAAAAAUAUGUAAUGUGCAUUUCUUUUCCAAAAUUCAACCCACAAUACUAAGAAGCUAAUUGACCAUAAUUUGAUUAAAGUGUCAUUUAGUUUUCUGAACUUUGAAGUAAAUAUUAAUGCUGUCAUAUUUAUGUAGUUAAAGCGACUGCCAUUUAAAGAGACAGUACAUCAGUUCACUUCAAAAGGUGAUCCUUGUCGUGGAAAUGUCCUUAAUUACCAACUGAUGAGAGCAAAUCACACACGAGUCAGAGUUAUGCUCAAUCUUCACCUUUAAUUUUAAUAUAUAUUUUUUACUAUGUUCGGGAUGUGGUAUCCACUCGGCUCGCUGCCUCUCCGAUCUUAGGUUGGUCCAUCUGCUCCGUUCUCGAAGUGUGGUCUCCCUGAGAUCCCGAGUUUGAGGGAUCCCUUGUGCACGAUUACCUAGGUCGUCAGGAGCGGUCACCGAGUGAAGAUUCACAUCCCAUCCCCGUCGCCAAAUGUAUUAUUCUAUAUGUUUAAACAGUUAUCAUAGUUAUCAUAUAUCAUAGGGUGGGGGUAAUGUCUUGGUACCAUUUUGUACCAAGGACGAGAUAAGAGCUUUGUUUAGGAGACCAAACUGAAGGAUAAUUUAUAGCCAACUCUGUCUGACUAGGGGAUAUUCUCUCUGAAGUACGUUUUUUUCUCUGUGUAAGUUCCUAAGACCUGUGGUUUGUCAUGUCGUCUAGGAGGGGGUGGAUCUUUGCAAUAAAGGAUCCCAUUUGCCAUUAUGUAGGGCACUCUCAACUUUUCAUUAGAGAUACUGAACUGUUGAAAGUCAAAAUGCUAUUGCAAAAGCUUGAUUAUUAUUAAAUGUGAAGAUUAAGCAUAACUCUGACUCGUGUGUGAUUUGCUCUCUCAUCAGUUGGUAAUUAAGGAAAUUUCCACGACAUCCUGAGAGACGACUUUUUGUACGACUUUAUUGGAAGAUUUUUAUAUGCAUUGGAAGACUUUUAUAUGCACAAAAUAAGGUAAUUUUGGUUUUGUACACAGUCUUAUGAUACGUGGUAUAGAAAAGUAUAAUCUUAGGUGAGUACGUGGAUAGCUAUAUCUAGGCAGAUGAUCUGUCUUACUGGUCAAAAUAAUUUAUACAGGUUCCCCUCUGCCCUCUGGUGGUAUGAAUAACUUGUAAUUAAAGUAUGUCUACAGAAAAACCUUGAUAAAAAAAUUAUUCCUAUUUAUCAAAUUACAAUAGGUGGAAUUGUGUGUUUUGGGCUGGGGUCAAAACAGUUACUGAGGAUUAAAGGGAUGUUGACAUGGUGUCUGCCUUAGAAUGACAAGACAAUUGAUGAACAUUGACAAACGGCCAUUCCUUUAGUCAAUGCAGUCUUACCAGUUGUCGUGAAAGGUCAUUGUAUGUCAACAGCAGUAUAGAAGACUUAGGGCGGUGGUAGACUUAGGUGGUAUACCUGAAUGCAUGUCUCAGUGUGCCUACAUUACUUUUCCACAUGUACACUAUUGCCUCAAUGAAUUCUGUAUAUUUAGUCAUGCUGAAUUUGCAACCAGGUGGGAGGUGGGAAUUUACCAGUUGUGAAGUAGUAAAUACCAUUUAGAUGAAUUCAUGUCCUUUGAACUCGUUGAGAAAUCCCGAUUGGCUAAUGGCCAACAAGCUGCGUCAACCAACAUUUAAAUGUCCAGCUAUCAUGUUUGUAAACAAAUUAUAGAGUAAAAAAAGAAACAUUAA